UACAACCUCAAAGACCAUUCCUUCCUCUUCUCCUCCUCCUCUCCUUUGCUUACAUUUUGAGUUUCUUAAGCUAUUUUUGCUCUGUUUUCUGAUAUCUUCUUCUUUGGUUUUCUUGUUUUCUCCGCUAUUCUGCUCUAUUUAAGCUAUUUCAUUUCUGGGUUUUUAGUCUUUUUGGCUGAAACCCAUUAAAGAUCCAAUCUUUUUACCUAUUUUGUCAAGGGCUUUCUGUUUCUGUGGUGUGAAAAAUUAAUGCUAAAUAUCGAGCUGUUAUUCAUGAACCAAAUUCAUGUCUCCUGUUCUUAGUGAAAUCCUUCGUUCCGGUUUUAUAAUCAGUUCUUCACUUAGACGCAGAACUCAUCUUGUUCAAUCUUUCUCUGUUUGUUUCCUCUACUGGUUCUACGUUUUCUCAGAGAUCAUCAAUUCCCCGUAGUUAUCUAUAUAGUUAAUUAUAUCUAGUUUUACCAUUAAUUUGUAUUUUUAUUUACUUGGUCCUGUGUUUUCUUGGUACUAAUAUUUGUUCAACAGCCCAAGAAAAUAAACCAGAGGCUAAAAAAUUUAAAGGUGUAAA